GAGAAACUCCCGCAUACUGUAGUGUAGGGCCUUGUAUGACAACCAAGUUCCUCCCGCAAUCCUCCCAAUUCAUCUUAUAAAGAGAAUCAUUCCCAGACAUGGAUCACAAUCCCUUUCCCCUGCAUCAUGACCGAAUUCCGUUCUCCUCUUAACGCUGCUCCUCUCCCUUACAUUCCCGACGACCUCACCAUUCCUCAGUUCAUCCUUGAUUUCCAGUAUCCUCAACGUCCUCUUCGCCCAGAGCAUGUUCCUUGUUUGAUUGAAGACCACUCUGGACGGCCCAUUCAUCUUCGGGAGGUUAGUUGGGAAUGAGUUGUAGCGCGUUUCCCCCCACGACUCACUUUCAUGCGCUUACAGCUACGCCGUCGAACGCGUGGUCUGGCCAAUGCUUUGAGCUUGAGGUGGAACAUUAAGGAAGACGAUGUUGGUAGGUGAAGUCUGCCAGAUUCCAUCAGCCAGUGUAAAACUCGCAAUCCUCGCCUCAGUGUGUCUUUUCAGCCCAAACGACGUCGAUUAUCCAGUCACCAUUUGGGCGGCUCACAUCCUUGGAGCAAUUAUAACCCCUUCCAACCCUGCAUAUACCUCGGAAGAACUCGUUUACCAGCUCACAGCUACAAAGGCCAAACUAAUCGUCGUACAUUCCGCGUUCAUGCAAGCGGCGCUAACCGCGGCCAAAAAAGCAGGCCUUUCUGAUGAUCGGGUCGUCAUAAUUCCGGCCCCUGGUGCUAAACUUGAUAGGAUCACUAUUAACGACUUGGUUGCUUUCGGAUCGAGCCAACCAGAAACAUUUUUUGAACGGAAGUUACGAACGGGCGAAGCAAAAACAAAACGUGCCUUCCUUUCUUUCUCGAGCGGAACGACAGGGAAACCGAAAGCCGUCGAAAUUGCUCAUUAUUCAUUGAUUGCCAACGUGGUACAAAUGGCUGUGCAUACUAAGGCCCUGUCGUCACAACAAAGCGGAUCAUUUCUUCCAGGGGGUGUUGUUGGUGCAAUACUGCCUUUCUUCCACAUUUAUGGGCUGGUUGUUCAGAUGCACUUCAAUCUCUUCUGCGGGCUGACGCUCGUGGUGAUGCCAAAAUUCAGUCUUAUGGAGUACUUGAGGAGCGUCGACCGCUACCAAAUAUCUCAUUUAUUUGUUGUACCGCCCCAGGUCGUUUUGAUGUGCAAGCAUUCCGCUACUCGUGCCUUUGAUUUCACCCACGUCAAGUUCGUGAUGUGUGGUGCUGCACCUCUCUCCGGAGAACUCGUUCAAAAGAUGGAAAAAAUCUUCCCGAACGCCAUCAUCGGACAAGGUUAUGGUCUUACCGAAACUUGCACCACUAUUGCUAUGCUUCCUCCCACUCAAAAAAUCGGUACGUCUGGAUCUGCGGGCAUGCUUCUCCCUGGAAUUCGAGCUCGGGUAGUCAAGCCAGACGGGACUUUGGCCGGUGAGGCGGAGCAAGGGGAACUUGUUGUGACAGGGCCAUCAAUGUCUUUAGGAUAUUUAAACAACCCGGAAGCAACGAAGGAGACAUUCGUCAACGGUUGGGUUCACACCGGCGAUGAGGUAAUUAUAAAGAACGGAGAAGUGUUUGUUGUGGAUCGUCUCAAGGAAAUUAUCAAGGUCAAGGGUUUCCAGGUGGCUCCUGCUGAACUAGAGGGACAUUUGUUGACACAUUCCGCGGUAUCGGAUGCUUGCGUUGUCGGAAUUCCUGAUGAAUACAAGGGAGAGGCACCAUUAGCCUUCAUCGUCGUCAACGAAAAUCUACGAUCCGCCGUCAAGUCAAGCGAAGCUGACAAACUAAAAGCCGAAAUAAUGAAGCACGUCUCGGAUCACAAAGUCGAGUAUAAACGACUCGUGGACGUCGAAUUUAUCGAUGCAAUACCAAAGAACCCGUCUGGAAAGAUUCUUCGUAGGGUUCUUAGGGAUGCUGCGAGGAAGGAGAGGGGCCGUGCCAAGGCCAAGCUUUAGGAUUUUUAGUCGGUGUGUAUAUAAGCUAUCACUAUACUUAAUAUUAUGUUCGGGCAGGAGAGGUGUCGAGUUGAAAGCUUUAGCUUCCAGCCGGCUUAACAAGAAUCUCUCUGCAACUCUAUGAUACGAAAGUGCAAAAUGUUGAAUAACAUUUGUAGUAAAUUUUGUACAUCCGUCGCUAGCACACGC